AUUCUAGGCCCCAAGGCUCUGUGUCCACGUUAAAGUUACUGACUGAAGAUUGAAGAAAUAUUUAAAGAGAAUUUUGAAGAAUGAAGAUCAUAAUUUUAAGAAAACGUCCCACAGUAACAAUCUGGCCAUGAUAGAACUUUACAAUUGAAUAUAUUAAUGACGAUUUAAGGAAGAUGGAUAUUUUUAGGGUUAUUGUUUGGAAUGCCGUCACGAUCAAGAUCCCGUUCUAGAAGUAGGAGCUACAGCAGGUCUUAUAGCAGGUCUCCCAGCAGAUCCGAUAAAAGCAGUAGAUCCAGGUCGAAGAGUCGCGGUAGGUCGCGCAGUGUGUCUCCGCUAUCUAACAGAAAGAGACAUGUCGGGGACAGAGACAUGCCUCCUCCUUCUAAAGUUGUUGGAGUGUUUGGUCUGAACCUGGAUACCACAGACCGCGAGUUACGGCGUGUGUUUGAGAAGUACGGCAAGCUGGAGGACGCCAUGAUAAUAAACGACAGAAAGACGGGCAUGUCACGUGGUUUCGGAUUUGUUUACUUCCAGAGACCGGAGGAUGCCCAAGUUGCUAAGGAGGAAACUAAUGGUCUGGAGAUUGACGGUAAGAAGAUCAGAGUAGAUUUCUCAGUAACCAAGCGACCCCACACCCCAACUCCAGGACAGUACAUGGGGCGGCCCACUAUCCCCCGAUACUCAGGACGAGGUAGGGGGUACGGGGGACGGAGCUCCAGAAGAUCCUACUCCAGAUCCAGAUCUAGAUCCCCAAGACACAGUAAGAGGUACAGAUCACGGUCCAGAUCCCCCCGCCGCCGCUCACCCUCCCGCUCCUUCUCCCGCAGUCGCUCUCGCAGUCCUCGUCACCACAGAUCCAGAAAAUACUAGAACUCCUUUCAGAUCAUCAGGAUAGCUUAUUUUGACUUUUUUAAAGACUAACUGGGCUAAAUUAGAAAACUCUUGUUAGUCAGUUGUUAAGCCCGAGAUCUUCUCAAGAUUUGGUAGUUCAAUAUCAUGUCUACGACGGUCUCGGUUAGAGCUAUUUCUUAAAUCCAUAUUCUUUCCCAUCGUAAGACAAAUGAAGUGUUUUUAAUGCCAGUUUGGCACCAAGUUGUUGGAGAAAAUGAUCUGAAUUCUGAAAGUGUAGUGUCAGAGAAAUGGUUGUUAAUUAUUUAUUAUUUUCAAAAAGCGAGAAAAAUGCUGUAUUAAUAUCGCCGGUAAUUUAAUUUAACUAGCUUUAAACCAAAUAUGAUAUUACUUACCUAUCUACUCGA